UGUCAUAUUCUAGUAACUAUUUACGGUGGAGUUUUUCUAAUUUGUGUUCUGUGUGAUUUGUUUGUAAUUUAAUCACACAGAUCAGAAAUAAUUUUUCUUCUUUAAAUAUAAAUAUAUACAGUAAUAUCUAUUCAUAAUUGGAAAAGACAGUAAAGUUUAUAUUGUUAUUAUUUAGAUGAAAAUUAAUUUUCAAUUCAUUAAAAACUACGCUUUUUCUUUUAAUCAAAACUCAACAGCAAUUUGAAGAAAAACUACUAGGUAUGUCUUCUUUUCACGAAAGACAAAAAAACCUUUUUAAUCAUCUAAAAGACGCUGAAGACCAGCAUGGAUUCACUAAAUCGAAUAAAACUACUCCGCCUAAUUAUAACGAAAUAGACAAAAAAACGUACAGAAAACUGAAACAUGAAAUGAAACAAUUCAGAGGUAAAGAAAGUAUCUACAAAAGACAAGACGCAAAUAUCCGGGAAUGUUUAAGAGCGAAAUCUGUUCCUGAUUACAUAAAAAAUCCGAAAAAAUGGGUAUAUUAUUCAUUAGCAGAUGUUACACCAGAACAAAUGUCUGAUGCUACAAAUACAGCUACAGCAUUGGCAUUAAUACAAAAAUUAGAAGAAGAUGAGAACAAAAUCGACAAGGAAUGUGAUAAAGAAAAAGCAGAGGUUGUUUUUAAAAAGCCUACAUUUCACAGUUCCUCAACAGUAAAGAAAAUAUUAAAAUCAGAAGAUGAAAAAGCUGUAUACAAGAGCAAUAAGAUUGUCAUGCCAGAAUAUAUUGUGGGAGUCACCCGUAAGAAAGAAAAGAAGGAGAAUUUAAUUAAAAGUACAUCUUUAGUUAAAACAGAUAAUGAGAAAAAAAUAGAAUUAAAGCUGAACCAUCUUUAUGAAGAUGAUGAAGAGUCACAAUAAUUUAUGUUAAUAUAUUAUUCUAUCAGCCAUA